ACGGGCCGGGUCACGUGCCUCUCACUGCGCCGACCACACUGCCGAGCUUGGCCAGGGGGCUCAGACCGGGACCAGCUGCACACAAUGGCAGAUAGUUCGGAGAAAGUUCCUAUUGCCCUAGCGGGUCCCGAGGACGUGGAGCAGAGCCUGCCGCCGGCAUACACAGCACUGGCAGUGAAACCCUCCAGCAGCGGGCGCCUGCUCCGAAUCGGUGCCGUUGUACUCAUCUCUGGGGCACUGCUUCUCCUCUUUGGCGCUAUUGGAGCUUUUUACUUUUGGAAAGUAAACGACAAACAUGUUUAUAAUGUUCAUUACACCAUGAGCAUCAAUGGCAAAGUGCAGGAAGGGUCAAUGGAAAUUGACUCCGGGAACAACUUAGAAACCUUCAAAACCGGCUCUGGAAAUGAUGAGGCCGUGGAAGUGCAUGAUUUCCAGAUUGGCAUUACUGGAAUCCGUUUUGCUGGGGGAGAAAAAUGCUACAUUAAAGCCCAGGCAAAAGCUCACCUUCCGGAUGUUGACAGCAUGACAAAAGAAAGCCUUUCCUUUGAAUUGGAAGAUGAAAUCAUGCCCGCAAAGUUUGAUGAGAAUUCCCUUAUCUGGGUGGCUGCAGACGAACCGGUCAAGGAUGAGAGUUUCCUGAGUGCAAAAAUCCUGGAACUUUGCUCCGAUCUUCCUAUUUUCUGGCUGCGACCCACAUACCCAAAAGAAAAUCAAAGAGGUAAAAGGGCAGUUGGAAGAAAAGUCAGACAAGCACAAAACAACCUCAACUUGGACCAGUUUGAGGCUGCAGCCGAAGAAAGAAACACAAGACGUCAAGGGAACAGGCGAGCUCAACCAGCAGCCAAUCAGACCCAGCCAGCUCCUGAACAGGAAGUGCCAUUCAACCCCGAGAACCCAUACCAUCUGGAAGGAGAAGGUGGUAUGGUAUUUGACCCCAUGUUGGACCACCAGGGUAUCUGCUGUAUCGAAUGCCGAAGAAGUUACACUCAGUGCCAGAGAAUCUGUGAACCUCUGGGUGGCUACUACCCGUGGCCUUAUAAUUACCAUGGCUGUCGCUCUGCAUGUAGAGUCAUCAUGCCCUGCAGCUGGUGGGUCGCUCGCAUCCUGGGGGUAGUGUAACAUGGCACCCAACUUAUGAAUAAGAUAUAUAUAUAUAUAUAUAUAUAUAUAUAAACACCCUGAGAAGCCACCAGUGGCUGAAGAUCAAAGAACACUCAAGAAAUGAGAAAAUAUAUGAUUACCGCAUCAUCUGUUGUAAAUAAAAAUACCUAAAUUAAAACACAGAUUAAUAGAUUAAGUGAAAUGUGUACUGUUUUAAAAGAAACAAAAUCUGUUUUGAACGUGCAAUAUCCUUUAAAUAUUUCUACUUUUAGUAAAUUAGUGAUUAAUGUAGAAACUUUACUUCACUGUGAUAUAUUAAGAGAUCCUUCUCAUUCUUAAAGGUGACUUAAGUCUUUGUAGGUUUUCACAUUUCUGUAGUUUGGGUUAAAUAAAUCUGAAAUUGAGUUGUUCCCUGUCUUUAUUGAAACCAACAACCUUUCAAAUAAAAGGGACCAGUUGAUACCAA